AUGAGGUGUGGAGAGGUGUGGAGAGGUGGGGAGGGAGGAAGAGAGGCAGAAAGGCAGCGAAAGGGAGAGCGAGGGCAGAGUGAGAAGGCGGGGUGGCGAGUGAGUGUCCGGCCUCUUCAGUGCGUCACUUUGUGUGGCUGCGUCUGUCCGCGUCUGCCCAGUCCCAGUUGGCCGGCCAAAUGCAGCCCAUUGUACGUACAGACACAAGCGGACAGCGGUGAGGAUGUGGUGAAUGUGGAGGAAGGGAGGAGAAUUCGAGGCGGCGACGAGAGCGUCGACGUGUUUCUCGUCUCCACGCUCGAGGGAAGAGGCACGAGGCACGAGGGAGAAAAGAGGGGGAGGGGGCAAGAGGGCAAAAGGAAAGGGCGUCGCCGACUGACUCACUUCUGGAGGAUCCUCAUGCACGUGACCGGUGAGUCGUGGAGAGCAACGGCGGCGGCGGCGGAGGCGGCGGCGGCGGCGGCGGCGGUUGCGAUAGUGUCAAACGUGAACGGAGAAUCCGAGAGAGAGACUUUCCAAGGUGGUCACAGCGUGCGUCAGUGUGAGUGUGUCCGAGGUGGGCGACGCGACGCGACGCGGCGGCAACGGAGCAGCGCUGCCUAUUCUCGAUUGUCGCGUCCGGCAAACAGCAUCGUCUGCCCCACGUCUGACAUGGCAACGGCGGAGGAGGACGAUGACGACGUCGCAGAAGACGACGACGACGACGACGACGACGACGACAAUGACGGCGAC